AUGAGGUCCCUGCAUCUGCUUUCCAUGCUUUUGGUCAGGCUGGGACUUGGGACGUCUUCUGGCGCUCGGGCCCAAGGGCCUGGCUUGGAGUGGGUGGGCAUCAAUGGCGGUUUCAGCCAAGAUUACUUGGACAGCUUGGGCAGGGUGUGGCACCACACCAAGGACCGGUGGACCUCUUACACGUGGGGCGGCUAUUUAGGCGUAAAACCAAGGGAUUGGAUGAGGCUGGGCCAUCCGGAGGGCAACGAGAGCCUCGGCACGUACCAAUGCAGAACAUGGCCUCCAGAGUAUAGCGAGGAUUCUGAGGCCUUGUUGCACCACUAUAGCCGUGAGGGUGUUUGGGUGAACCAAACCUUUCGCGUCAACUUGCAAGAUCCCGGUGCGAAGGUGAGCUACUACACGGUCAAGUACAACUUUUGCGAAACCAAGGACCGGGGAGGCAAGACGUGGGACAUCGUCAUCAACGGCAAGACCGUCAAGAAAGACUACACUUCGAAAUGGGCCCACCACAACACAGACAUGUAUCAUUUCAAGUGCAUCCCGACCAAAGACGGCAUGAUCGAGGUGUCCCUCGUUGGCACUUCCAGCAAAAAACCACAGGUGAGGUUUUCCACCUUGGAGUUUCAGAAAUCCACAGAGGGCUGCAGCGAAUGUGACGAUAUUGACGGUUCUUGUGGCAAGGGUUUCUGUAGUGCUUCUACUUUUUACGACCGCAAGCUUGAUGGUGGAUGGGCCUCUCGUGGCACGUCAACGAUGCUUAACCAGCUCGACUUGGAGGAACAGCAAGAUGCUGUCGAGUGUGUCUGUGACCAUGGUGUUGAAGGCGAUUCCUGUGAAGUUGGCGCCUGUGCAAACGUGGAUUGCAACGAGCCUUUCGGGGGCUUUUGCACCAAUGGGACCUGCACGUGCAUCGAAGGUCACUCGGGCAACCACUGUGAGAUAGCACCUGCCCGUGACCAGUUCGGCUGCUAUGCUCGGGACGAGGUCGUAUUGAAUCGCAUGACGGUGUCCACAGUUUGCCUUCCCGAGCUUAUUGCAGGUGCGGCCAGGCACGGCAACCUGUUUCGAGGGCCUUCGCCCAUGAGCACAGUGUCCGACAAGGUUCGGCCCGACACCGUGUACUUCUCUUGGACAGCGGAUGUCAAGUAUGGCAAGCCUGAUGCUGCAGGUAGUGAGGGGCGCAUCUACGUGAGCAAGCUGAAGGUUCCCUGGAAGGGCUCCCCAAUGCUCGAAAAUAGCCUGGCUUUUGAGGGCUUUGUUCGUGCAGGCGGCAUCGACAUGACAGAGGACGGGAUUGUCGGGACACUUUGCGCCAAGUACUGGCAGCCUUGGAUAGAGCACAAGAACAGCCAUCUAGACAAAGCGGCCAUGGUUCUGGCCGUGUGUGAGGUCAACAGCACGACCAUGCAGAGACAACGGUUGCCCUGGCAGAUAGGCAAGCAGUACCAGGAGUCUGUCACCGCACCUAACACAGGAAUCUGGGGUAGCUAUCCUCUCAGCGCCUGGUUUGCGCAGAGGUCUGCUGGCUACGGCUAUCUCCUGUACUCCCCGGCUCAGCAGAUGUGGACAGCCUGGUAUGGGGCCACUGUGGACUACCACACAGGCUACGCAAUGCAUAGCUACCACCGGGAUGCACCAGGGAUCAGCGACGAGGAGUAUGCAGCCUACAAGUACCCUGUGCCACGGGAUGUCGUGGAGCCUCGACAGGAAUCCGAUGGCCCCUGGCGGGACCACCAUCGCACGGGUACCGGUGACCAUCAGAAGUCGGCCGCCUGGUGCUAUCACCCGAUCUUGAAGGACAUCGGUCUGCAGAAGCAUGAAUACGGCCCUGUCGUCAUGCAACAGUACGGCCUGGCAGAAGACCCCGUGGGUAUGCCGCCGGAAGGCGAGUUCCGGUAUGUGGGCCACAAGGGGGGCAUGGAUCUGGUGAACGGCACAAGUGAUGACUACGACUAUGACUACGGCUAUAGUGAAGACGCAGAUGUGGCUCGGCAGGCCAAUGCUUUGAGACCUUGCGGGGAGGACUGGAUCAUGGGCUUCAUUUCGGACAAGGGCAACAUCUGUGCGAAGAUUAGCCGUGUUGGCGAGAUCCAAGCCUGGAAUAUCAUCGAGCCCUCCAUUGCGAGAAUGGCCUGCAGCUCAAGUGGCGGCAAUUGUGCCGAUGGCGAGGAGGGCCGUAUGGUGCGAAUCGCGCCCCUGGGUGCCCCCGAGCACGCUGCUCUUUGCGGUCCGGACGCGCGUUUUCUUUUCGGCUAUGAGAAGUCUGACCGUACACGGUGGCUAGUGGAGCUGGAUGGCGACUGCAAUGAGGUGUCCGAGAAAAUGGACGUCACCGCGUACACACACUGGCCACUCUACCAGGACUGGACCACCACCACUGACGGAGCUGUUGUGUGGAUUACCAGUUGGCACGAGGACAUCACUGGGAGCCACGGCCCUGUGGGCAGCCCUAACGGUGUCUGGCCUUAUGAGUUGAAACCCCGACUAACCGACGAGGUGCCCAUGGAUGGUGAAUACCUUUAUGGCCUCACUCCGGAUGCCCUCAAUGAGGCCAAGGUCACCAUCUAUUAUCCGACCUCAGGGGGCUUUGGCUUCACCACCAGCACUUCUACCACCCCAGUCAGUGCUGUUGGUCCAGCAGUCACGACGGCCAGCGAGGCCACGACGGCCAGCGUGGCCACGACGGCCAGCGCGGCUGGCACAGCCACUUCUUCGCUAAGAGCGAGUACUACUGCUGCAGUGAAUGUGCCUGUGACCGCAUGGAUCUUCGUUGACUUCCAGGUAGAAGUCUCAGUGUCAACAUCAGCUUUUGACAGCGUGUUAAGGUUUGCAGCAGUGCAUGAGCCCUUGGCCCUUGGUGGCUUAAGCUUGGCACUGUUUCGAGACAGGCAGUCUUUCACCACGCCUUUUCUUGGCCUGGGUCAUCCACAGGGCGCUGCAUGCAAACUCAUGAUAGCUUGCUUGAGUCUCGACAUGGUUAAUAUCAGCGGUGUUGGCCUCAGCCUUUACGUCAGCACGCUGACCCUUUUCCUGCUCACCGCGACUCUCUUCCGUAUUGGGAACAAUGCUUCGCUGACCAUUUACCAGCUUGUUUGGGGGCAGUGGUGCCAAGACUCUCUUGUGCGUUCGGACGGUGCCGAGAUUUGGAGGCAGCUGGCAGCCGAGCGUGCCAUCAUCCUCUUGCGGUUGUACAUUGUCGUGAUCCUACUCUACCUAUAUCAUGUGUACAGACAAGGAAAGUUGCGAGACGCCUUUGAUAAGACGCAUGCGGAAAUGUCUGAUUACGCGUUCUUGGCCUCCGGCUUCCCACCCGGAGCAACGGACCUUGACAUCACUUCCUACCUGCGCAGGGCCCUGUGCCGAUCGCACCUGACAGACCUCAGCGGGUCGGAGUGGAAACCCGAGAUUGUAGGAGUGUCAGUCGGAUACGAUUUUGCAGACCAUGUGAACCUACUGCAUAGUUUGGUUGACGAGCAUCUGGUGGAUGUCGCCUUCUCGUUGGAACAGCGAAAUCGUUCAGAUUCGGAAAGUGACAGCUCUUCAGCAUCUGAGACCUUCCAUGCACCCAGGUCCUAUGCGAGUCAACGUGCUGCUGCGGCGAGUUGCGACGACGCUUGCGAGAAUUCAGAGGAGGUGCUGCAGAUACUACAGGAAUUGCAAAACUCUGGGACGGUUAUUGUGAUAUGCCGUUGGCCGUGCGACUUUGCUGAGGCGCUAGAACAUGUACAGCAACAGCUAGAUGACAACCUGUGGGAAGGCAUCCGAAUUACAGCAUCACCUAUUCCAUGCGAGCCGCCCUCCAUCAACUGGACGAAUUUCUCGGUCGGCUUGUUUCAAAGCCAGUGGCAGCAACGAUUGGGGCUCAGCUCCUCCAGGUGGUUGACAUCAUGUAGCACAAGGCAACAGAGGCUCCUCCUGGCCAAUGCAAUGAUCGUUGGAGCAUUUCUGUCAAUGCUGGGCUUCUACACAUUCCUGUAUCACCACGUGUAUGCCAGCAGCGGCUAUCCCGAGCAAUUGCUUGUCUAUGUGGUAACAUUAAGCUGCGCUUUGGGAAACGUGUUGCUGAAUCAGCUCGUCUGGUUUGCCUCGCAGCAAGUUGGGUUCAGACUCAAGUCCAGUUGUGAUUCCUUUGUCCUCUUAUGGUACACGAUAGUGGUGCUCACGAAUAUGUGCUUCAACUUCUUUGUCAUCUGCUUGUCAGCGGGCCCUCGGCCUGAAGACGAAUUUCUAGCGUUGGAGUACGAGGAACGACUGGCAUACCGCUUGGUGUCAUUCCUAAGAGGCUCACUUCUUUCCUAUGCUGUUUGGCCACUGUUCUACCCGUUUUCAUGGAUGCUGGGCAUGCUUCAGCUGCUCUACUUCCACUGGUUCCGGGAUCGGUUGGCUCUAACAGACGACAGGUGCAAGUGGAAAGCAGCACAUGCUAUGGAGCCACCUGAGUGGUACAUGCAAUAUGACUAUGCGGGCCUGACCGUGCUGAAAACUACAUCUUUCAUGUGCCUUUUUGUCUUUGGAGAUGAUGUUCGCAAGCUGUUUACGUUCGACAUUUUUUGGGUUUGUUGCACCUACUUCCUGAACAAGUACAUCUACUUAGUACUCAGCAAGGAAACAUACUACACCAAUCGCAGGCUUGACACGACGGCCCUGAAGUCGUCGUCUAUGGCCCUUGGCGUUCUUGCAGGCUGUGUUUGUCACUGGGGCCACCGUGCUGGCAACACAGUUCCCUUUACAAUCUCUGUGGUCCUCUUCUCAUGCUUCUACCUUUGGGCCUUUGAUUUCACUCUCAAUUCAGCGCAGGACCGAAGAAGUCAGUCAGAAAGGGUGUGGUAUGACCUGCUGCCAUAUGAGGAUCUUCAGCGGCUAUACCCUUUCAAUUGGUGGAAUGUGAACCCUGCUCACAUGAUGCGCCUGUUGCACUUGACCCCGCAACAUUUGCACCAGAACUUGCCACUGCACCAGCAUGUGGUCUGGCAGCACGGCAAAAGCUACCUACAACCUGACUUGGUACUUGAUUUUGUGCACACAGACGGCAGGGACAAUGAUUCGGACGCCGCGCCGGAGGAGCUGCACGAAGCACUUUACCAACCGCCCUUUCCACACCUGCAGGCGCCGGCCCUUCCCAGAGGCAAGAACCGAGACGGUGCUUACCCGGUCAGUCUAACAGCCUCCUGGGGAGCCCGUGUGACUUCAGGCGCUGCUUUGAGACAGGACGACGGCAUGCUCGAUGAGGAGCUCUGCUUUGCCGCAGCAGAAGAUGGCUUCUGA